AGACAAGUGCUUAAACUGUCUAGGUACAUUCAUCGAUAACAAUCCCCACUGUUCUCGUCCCUAGGACCGGAGCUUGUGGAAGGGAAGUUGCGAAUUCCAUGACUCGGGACCCCACCCCACCUCACAUGGUUUCGUGCUCAAAUUGUCUAGGUACACUCAUCGAUAAAAAUUUCCGCUGUUCUCGUCCCAAUGACUGGAGCUUGUGAAAGAGAAGUUGCGAAUUCCAUGACUCAGGGCCCCACCCCACCUCACAUGCUAUCGAAACUUCUUUCCGUGGAAUUUCUGCGGAAUGAGUUCCGGUUGGGGCAGCCGGAGCUGUACAAGCAAGCUGAUAGGGACGAUCCCAAAGCUCUGAAGAAUGUUGAGUUUGGAAAUUGAUUUUUGUUUUAAUGUUGAGUUUGAUAGUCUGUAUAGAUUGAACUCUGAAGAAUGUGAGGAUUGAUUGAAUUGCAGGGGAAGAAUUUAGGCAAGCUAAAGCUGUAUUGUUUGUUAGUUUUUUAAAAAAUUUAAGGGAAUUGA